AUGCCCAGGUUGCAGCCCCCAGGGAGCGUUUGCAGCUGGGACUUGGCACUCCGACUAUUUUUUAGCUGUAGGAAAGCGGGGGUCGUUGCCGUGCAUGCUAAAACUGAGUCGACAAUAAACGAUAUUUCGACCGUCGACAAUCCACGAAAAAUGGCGGAACUGUGCGUCGACGCACUCAAGAGGGAGCUGAGUCGAGAAUUUUAUUGCCAUGUAGUUCGUGUCUGGCUACCCGAGGAGAAGGACACUGUUUUAGGCGCAAUAUCCGAUCGGAUUUUGGUGCAGACCCGCGAGUUCGCUCAGUGCAGUCGAAGGGACGCAAUCGACAUGGAGCUUACGGCUCAACUACCGUUGAAGAUCCUCUUUCGCGAUGACGCGGUUAUUGUGGUGAACAAACCAGCCAAUAUCUUAAGUGUGGAUGGCACCGACCCUGACGCAUUGAUGUCGGUUCAUCGCUGCGUUGCCCGUGUGUAUCCGAACGCACGGAUGGUGCAUCGUCUGGAUCAAGAGACGUCGGGGCUACUCGUGGUUGCUCUGACCAAGUCUGCAGCACAGAGUUUAAACGCCCAAUUUCGAGAUCGAUCUGUUGACAAAACAUACGUAGCGCGCGUGGAUGGGUGGAUGAUGAACGAUCUGGAAGAGAAAUCUGAGUCGCCGCGGCGAGUGCAAAUCCCUAUGGAGAAGCACCUGACCAAAUCACUUAUCCAACACGUUGUUUCUGACCGCGAGGUUGAUCCAUCUAGCUCACUUUGGUCAACCACUGAAUAUUCUGUGCUGUCUCGAGAUGAAAGUGGUGAUGAUCGAAAGUCUACGCUGGUAGAACUCAAACCAGUUACCGGCAAAACACACCAGCUACGUCUGCACAUGCAGCAUCUCGGACAUCCAAUCUUGGGUGACUCGCUGUAUUCUCCAGACGUGGUGUAUCACCGUGCAUCGCGUCUUUGUUUGCAUGCUGCUAAGCUGUCCUUCACACACCCUGUCACAAAUGAGCGUUUGACCUUUGAGAGUCCUUGCCCGCUGACAUUUAAACCAAGGAGGACUUGCAUCGCGAGUCAGCGGCCAGAAGUUGCUGGAAAAUAUAUAGGCGGCAGAUAG